AUGAGCUUCGUCGCCUCUCCCCAGCGCGGCUACGACUCUCUCGCCCACUCCGGCCUCCCUCCUCUGCCGUCCAUGCACCCUCCCGGCUCCAGAAUCCCCAUCCAUCCCCUCUCCUCCUUCGACAAUGUCCCUGCCCCGUCUCUCCCUCCUCUCUCCUCUGGUCCUCUCGCCCCCGCCUCCUCCCAUAUCCUCCACUCCUCCGAUCGCGGCCCCCCCUCUCUCCCAAGGCUCGGCCAGACGCGCUGCUGUGAGUUGCUUUCCGCUCGCCCCCACGAUCGUUCAUCGAUCGUCCCUGACUUUGUUCCGUCCUCUACCCCGCACAACACUCACUCUCUUCCUCCAGACUGGUCUCUUCUCACCCCAGACCUCCACUUUCUUUACCUCGAUCCCGUUCUCGCCAAUCACCUCGAGGACCAGGCUGACCUCCUGAUCGGCAAGUCCCUCCUUGCUUUUGUUCAUCCUGAAGAGCAAGCCUCCGCGAAAUUGGACCUCGGCAGUGUGCUCGAGAGCAGGACCUUACAUGGCAGUGUCACUCGUGUGCGGUACUCCCGGCUGUCGCGUGUCCGCAGGCAGCUCGGAUGUCAAGGUCCGACCUCAGACUGGUCUGACGCCGACAAGGUUUCCGUAGACGCCAACUACAUGGCUGUCGACAUUGUCAUCAACUGGGCUUCUGACGGCCUGGUGCUGUGUUUCAUGCAUGCAGUCGUCGACCUUACGCCGCGUGAUAACGACGAGCACAACAAAACCGGCUGGACCAAUUGGUGUGGCACACCAUACAUGAGCAUGGAUCAGGUCCAGCUACUAUAUCAGCGGCUCCUGUCUGCCGUGCCUCAGCCCUUGUCCAUGUCCCGGGUGUUCCAGAUAUUGCUCAACCAGCCGGACCGCUCGCUGUUGAUGAGCUGGCCUCCAGAGCAACAUGAGCCUGGAAGCCCGACAGCGAGGGACUUUGCGAAGCUUGCUCAGGACGUUCAAAUAACCAGCGCGAGUUCUGGUGGUACAGAUGCAAAGACCAGCUGCACUCGCCGAUACAAAGCUCACCAGAACAUGAACUUCGGCGUCGACAGCACGAAAGAGGUUGAGAGUAUCUUCAUUCCCCAUGGCUCCAUUAUAUUUGCGUGUCACAAGGUAAAUCCCAGCACUCGGCAGCUAAACCCCAACGACGCGACGCAGGCCAACGGCUCCGGCCAUUAUUCGUCUCAAACAAGUCACCAGUACUAUGAUCAGCACUCGCACUCGUACAGCCUGCCCCCAGUUCCAGCACCGUCCUCCUAUCAUAGUGGAUUUCCUUCUCACAAUUCUUCUCAUUAUUCCGGCAGCUGGUCACAGAACCCAGAAUCUCCAGAUUCGCCUGGUCGCUAUAGUCAAUGGAACGUCCACAACGGUGCUCUCUCGUCAGCACCAUCUGUCAGCAGCGUUCGUUCGUCCUCAUACCCUGCACCGCCACCGCCACAGCAGCAUCAGUGGCCUUCUCAGCCUCCAGCUUACCUCGAUGCCAACCCCUCGGCUCCGCCAGCGCUGAGCCAAUCUGCACCGCCAUCAGGCUCCCCCUAUCCUGCCCCAGGGAGCAGUCAUGAUGACACGCCUCCUUCGCCUGGGAGCGACUACGUUCCUCCAUCAAGGGUGACGCAUCGGCGUGGGUCUAAUACUAGAGAGCAAUACGGCAAUGGUGGCAGAAGCACGGGGAACCCUCCUGUUGGUAUUACACGGUGCUCUAGCUGCAAGGUCACUCACAGCCCUGAAUGGAGAAAGGGUCCCAGUGGUAAGAAGGACCUCUGCAAUGCAUGUGGAUUGCGCUACGCGAGAUCACGGGCCAAGAAAGAUGGUGGAUCGUCAGCUCAAUCGCGACGUCGCAAGGACAGAGUGUUCAACAACAUGCAGAAAGAACAUUCACCCUCAGGGUCACCCGUUCCUGCUCCGUACUCGAACAUCCGUCGAAGUAGUUAUUAUGAAGAUCAUUCUUUCGCCUCAACAUCUGCGAAUGGGUCGGGGCCAGCGGCUGAUUUGUAUCCGCCGCAUCCUGCGCCCACGGGGUACGGCGGCAUCUCACCAUCACCCUCCCCUCCAUCAGGAGGUAUGCACUACGCUCCAUAUCCGCAUCAGCCCUCUUCCCAUCACAACCAAAAUCCUCAUGGGGAGAACCGUCCCCAUUAUGCCGCUCAUGGAGGGCAGUUCUAUUCGGUCCCGCCACCGGCGCCGCCUCCGCAGGCCAUGCAUCCCACCUCCGGCCAUAGCCAUCUCCCUGGACACCGAUUGGACCCUAUUGUACCAUAUUCAAGUUCCAGCCGCCUCUCACCCGGUCCAUCACCUACGUCGCCUACCGCAGGCUCGCCGUUAGGUGGGGGCCUCUCUGCCUCGUAUGAGCGUGAGAGGCCGGCUAGGGACCACGACUGA